AUGACAAACAGUCGAAGAUUCAGCGAGCGGGUGGAGAAAGAUGGAGGAGAAAAAGAGAAGGUUCAAAUGAACAAGGGAGAGUCAAAACGAGGGAUUGGAGGAUUGGUGUGUAAGGGAGCACGAGGCGGGAAGAAGAGCGGACCCUACUGUCAAGGUAGCAGGCACAUCCUUGCCCCAGGAAGGAUGGACGUUACCAUGGGAACAGAGUGCAGUUGGCGGGGGUGUACGGCACUCACCCUCAACCUGGUGGCGUUUGCGUGCGCCCUGUCAGCAGUGACCACUAGCUUUUGGUGCGAGGGGACCAGGAAGGUGGUCAAGCCUUUCUGCACCGGGCCGGUGACGACCAAGCAGACGUACUGCAUCCGCUUCAACAGCAGCAACGUCAACGACAGCCGGCUGGUGCAGUACAUCUGGGAGUCCGGAGAAGAGAAGUUCCUGAUGAGGAAGUUCCACACAGGCAUCUUUUUCUCCUGUGAGCAGGCUGCUGACAUGAAUGGUUUCAACUGCAGAGACUUUAAAGACAUUGCACCCGAUCAUGAAAAAGGGGUCCUAUGGCUUUGCAUCAUAGCCGAGUGUCUCUAUCUCAUCUUGCUCUUCACCGGCGGCGUACUCAUGUGGUUAGAGUUGUGUCCCUGCCUCAGCGUGAUGAAAAAGCUGAAGCUCAAUGCAUUCGCUGCCAUGUUCACGGCCCUGUCAGGCCUUCUAGGGAUGGUUGCCCACAUGAUGUUCACCACAGCUUUCCAGCUAGCAGUCGCCAUGGGACCGGAAGACUGGAGGCCCAAGACUUGGGAUUAUAGCUGGUCCUACAUCUUGGCGUGGGGCUCCUUUGCCACCUGCAUGGGUUCCGCGGUGACAGCCCUGAACAGGUACACCAAGACCAUCCUGGAGUUCAAGUACAAACGGCGGAACAUCGAAAAGAAACUGCGAAUCAAGCAGAAGCUGCUAGAGCUGGACCUGCCUGAGCAGAUGUGGGAUAUGUACAUGACGGCUGUGCCAGCAGGGGGUGCAGAAGACACUGGGUUUCUCAACCUCCCAGUCAAUGGCCACAAACCCUCCACUGGAGCGGCCUACGUGGUGGGCUUGGACAACGUGACAGAACCACAGGGAGAGGCGUAUUGCUAAAAUAGUGGUCACCAACCAUGGGCCUGGACCCUGUUCCAAUACUGUUGGAAUGUACCUUCCUUGCCCUUUUCUUGAGGUUGAGACUGCCCCAACAUGACUGGAUACCAUCCAAUACUUAAUAGCAGGUGGCUUCAAGGAGUAUGAGGAAGAAAGGAUGUAUUUUCUCAGUAUCCCAUCAGAGCCUUCCAGAUUUGACAGGACCUGGCUUGGUGACCACUUCAAUAAAUGGACAGUAGAUUCGCUGUCAUAUACAGCAUCUUAAACGCAUUGGAUUGUAUGGGUUAUAAUGGUUCAUAUUAGCAUUAAUAUGUCUGAAAAUGAAAUGGCCGGAAAUCCAAAUGUUAUAACUGUAUGCGUCUAGAGCCAAGGCCAUGACUCUUCUUAUCUGGGCUGUUAUCCUGGGACAGAUGGCAAAGUGGUUUUUUCAAGCUGUGUUUGUGAGUUGUUGCCAUACAGUAAGCAAUGGUCUGCAAAGACCAGCCAAUUCUAGUUCCCAUAUGGCUGCAUUGUGUACAGACCGUGUUUUCCAACGCAGUAGGUUUAUAUGUUGGUUAUUUUCGCUGUCUAAUGAAAACUCCUUAUUUUGCUGACAUUUUCAUGACAGUAGGACCAAUAAAAUUAAUUGAAAAUAA